GUACACGGACAGAAAUGCUGUCUGAUUCAUAUAACUUUUUUCGUGUUUAUUCCAAGCGACAAAGGCAUGCUUAGCAUAAUUGCUUCAGAUGGUUGUUUCACAAUGAUUUGAUGUUUAUACCAAGCAUAUAUUUCGUUGGAAUGAGUGUUAUUAAACACCAACCAUCAAAUGCUCAAACCAAGCAUAUAUGCAAUUACUUGAAUCUGCGUUUAUCGUUCAAUCAUUCUUACUGGAAGGUCAAAUAGGGCAUACAGCCGCUCUACCGGGUCUCUUAGCCGACACAAAGAAGUUAAAAGAAAAUAUAAUCAUGGCGGCAGCAGGCCAAAGCGAAGACGACGAUCUUGUCGAGGAAUAUAUUGUGGAUGAAGAAUUGGUUAAGUUAUUGAAAUCUUUUGAGUUAUCUGCCACGGGAAUCGAAGAGUUCGUAGCCAACGGAUACGAUAUUUCGGCGCUGAAAAUCAUCGAACGCGAAGAGAUUGAAGCUCUUCUGCCUCCACCACAUCUAGCGGACCGAACCAAGUGCAUUGCCGGAUUGAACGAGUGGCGUCGGUCUUUGGGAUUGCCGUCAGUGUCCACGCCGCUGAAAACCAGCAACCUACAAGGAACCCAAAACUCAGAUCCACCGAAAGUUGCGCUCGGUAAUCUGUCACGGCAACAAUGGAAUGCAAAAGCUCUGAUAAAUAGGUCCAAAAAAGGAAGACUUAUUUGGGAAGCCUAUCAAAUAACGAGCAUCUUGUCAAGGAAAGAUCGCAUUUUCAUCACCCAUCUGAUUGUCGACGAAUUUGUUGACGAGUUUGGCAGAUUGACGCGUGAAGAAUUAGCCUGCCGAGCCACGGAAUUGAAAAACAUUUUUCCGACAGUGGAACAGCACGUCUGGUACAAACCAGCAUCGUAUCACGACGAAAAAGGGAAGAAAAUCAAACUCGGUCGCAUAGCCAAGGGUUGUUUGUUCGACCGGAACCACAACUACCGCUGCGCCACGUCUGUCCCGCCAAGGAUUCCUGGGUCCGACGUGCAGCCAUCCACAAGUUCAGCUCAGCCGAUAGUCGACGUCAUCACAGCAGAUGCAGGUAAGAUAAACAUGAUCGAUUGUAGGAUGACUUUUUGUAAACAAGGUUGUUUUUUUUUUAAUGUUGUAGUGACCGCGUACCAGGAGACUAAGAACUGGUUCCGACACCAUCACGGCGAGUUCGACGACAUCAAGAAACGGUGGGAAGCAAGUUGUGCCGUUCGUUUACACGAAACUGCCAAAUUGGAACGAGUGACCUACCAACACUUGCUGGACGAAUACCCGGUGCUGCGGAACACGGCCGGCUAUCAGCUCGUAAAUCUCGACUUUAGCUUCAAGCACCCAACGAAAACAGAUCUUCUUUUCGCGAAAUUCGCUGAUUUUCGCAUACGCGCUAAAUUAGUGUUUCCCAAUGAGGUGCCUGAGCUAGGAAAACCUCUGUUGGCAUUGCUGAACAAAGAUAUUAGUGAAGAUUCGCGUGAUUGCAUCACAACGUUGCUCCUGUUUUUCAUCUGGCCCAGCACAGUUAUGCGUCUACCCAAUGGAAGGAAAUGGAAGCCAUCCUUGGUGGAAAGCAGUGAAAGCACAAUACUGCACUUGAAAACACUGGCGGAUUAUGAGACGGAGCUCUCGCGGCUUAUCCGGCAAAACCUGCUGAGAGGUUUGCCCGACUACCCAGUGAUCGUAGUAGUUGGUCCAUCAAUCGAGCACGUCAACCAAUUUUUCGUAAGCUACAAAGACAUAGCUUACAAAGCAGAAACGUUCAUCAAAGCACUUGACAUCACGUUCAAGGUCUACAAAGCGUACGGCAUUAGUUUCCCAAGUGAAGCCAACAGACCUUGGAGCUUCAUGGCGUAUGUGUUCUAUGACUUCGAACCACCAGAGAACGGAAAUAAAGCUAGGAUUUUGACACUUGCUACACAUCUUCGCAACCAGGUGCCGGCACAAUGAUUCUAUGCUGCGUUCCCGGAUGUUCAUGGAAAACCUCCUGUCCAUCGCUUCUCGUGACCCAUCUUCGCAGAGUUCAUGAGCCCAUCGAUGUGUAUAGCUGCAAGGAGCCAAACUGUGGAAGACGAUUCAGUGUACGCUAUUCUUAUGUUUCCCACAUCCAGAAACAUAUUCGGAAUGGCACAUUCACAAAAAUAUCCGGCGAUGAAAAUAUUACAGAAUCAGAAGAAAACGAUCAUAUGCUACCAUGCGCCUCAGGCAGCAUCGUAACGGAGAUAAACAGUGUAGGCGAAGAAAGAGAGCAAAUGACAACUAAAAAUAAAGAGAAGAAAUCAGAACCUGGACAGUUAGUUAAUGUAGAGAAAAUUGAGCAGGAAAUUAGCCGACUUAGAAUAGGAUUCAACUUGAAGUGGUUAAACAAAGAUACAGUACCUAGAAAGCAAGUAUUUGAGUUUCAAAACGACGUGCAAUCAAAUGUUAUCAAUCCGAUAAUUGAUGUUGUAGGAGUUAUGACAGAUGCAGGCUUAAUUUCACUUGAUAAUAGUUCCAUGCUUAAAUCUGUAUUUUCAAUGUUUCAAUGCUCCCAGACGGAGUAUAAAUUUGUACGCGAAUUAAAGCAAUCAGACUUAUACGAGGACCCUGUAUUUUUUAAUAUAAGCAAUGAACUAAAACCUGCUGUGGUACAACAAAAUCUGGACAUGAUCGAAGAUGAUGUUAAGGGUGUACUAAUGCCGAUCAAGUUUCAGCUUCGCAAAUAUUUACAAUCAGAAGGGAUGAUGGACAUAUUGUUGAAUAGCUUGAAACCUUCACAGGAUGGCGUGAUAAGAUCCUUAGUAGAUGGCACAAUUUGGCAAGAUAAAAUACGCGGUUUGGACGAUAAACUAAUAGCACCAUUGAAUAUUUUCUUCGACGACUUUACAACUAGUGACACAGUAUCACCGCACGCUAGUAGUACAAAAAUCUGCGGUGUGUACUACUACAUACCCAGUUUACCACCGUAUAUACUUUCACAUCUCGUCAAUAUAUUAACGGCCGGGUAUAUUUUUGCUGCAGACAGAAAACAUUUCGGAAAUGAACGAACAUUGUACGCACUAGUUGAAGAGUUGGAGGAUUUAGAAACAAAUGGCGUUACUAUCACGUGUAAUGGAGACGAAAAAACUGUUUAUUUCAAAAUUGGAUUUGUAACUGGUGAUAAUCUUGGGAUGAGUGAAAUUUUGAAUCUAGUUGAAUCACCAACCGCUAAUUAUUACUGCCGAGUUUGUACCAGAGCUAGGAAUGAGAGAGAAAAUGACUGCAAGGAAUAUGUAGAAUCGUUGAGGUCCGAAGCGCUCUACAAUGAACACAUUCAAGUAAACGACGUUUCUAAGACAGGUGUGAAAGAAUAUUGCAUUUUAAAUCGCAUUCCUUCAUUUCACGUAGCGUCCAAUGUAUAUUUCGAUGUUAUGCAUGAUGUCCCUGAAGGUAUAUGUCUUUACG